UUUGUAUUCUAAUAAUAAUGUUAAAAGAAUCUGCCCUUUUGUAAAGUAAAAUGUAAUGUGUAUUCCUAAAAUUGUAUAUUAAAUCCUGCAAAUUACUAUUUUCUCGUAGUGAUUAAUCCUGAACUUUAAUUAGAGUGUUUUUGUUGGACCGAAUAAUAGAGAUAUAGAAUAGCAACGAUGCUUACAAGUGAAGCUCUUCACUACUUAUCUUUUUAAAAUGAUAAAAGGUCGAAUUGCUGCUUAACCUACCGUUAUAUUGUGUAGUGUAGAUAUAAAAAAGAAGGCGGAUACUUUCUGGAUAAUUUUCUAAAAUAUCACAGGAAAUGAUUCGCUUUAUCCUUAUUCAAAAUAGAGCUGGAAAGACCAGAUUAGCUAAGUGGUACAUGAAUUUUGAUGAUGAUGAGAAGCAAAAACUCAUUGAAGAAGUUCAUGCAGUGGUAACUGUAAGGGAUGCAAAGCACACUAACUUUGUUGAGUUUCGAAACUUUAAAAUUGUCUAUCGCCGUUAUGCAGGAUUGUACUUUUGCAUAUGUGUUGAUGUAAAUGACAACAAUUUGUCAUAUUUGGAAGCAAUACAUAACUUUGUGGAAGUAUUGAACGAGUAUUUUCACAAUGUGUGUGAAUUGGAUCUUGUUUUUAAUUUUUAUAAGGUGUAUACAGUAGUAGAUGAAAUGUUUCUUGCUGGAGAAAUUAGGGAAACUUCUCAAACCAAAGUUCUCAAGCAACUUUUAAUGUUAAACAAUUUAGAAUGAAUAAAAGGGCAAACAGAA